CGUGUUCUCCGAGACCUGGUGACAGAGAAUGCUCAUCUCCAGUCUCGUGUGCAGCCAAAGAUAGGGAGUUAGCUGCAGCACAGCAGCAAUUGAGACGUAAUGAAGAACAUUUGCAAGCAACUGAGAGGGAGAUGCAGACACUCCGACAAGAGCUCACAGACAGGGACAGGGAGAUUGCUCGGAAGGAUGAGGAAAGUGAGAGAGAGAAGCAAGCGCUCAGACAAGAGCUGACAAGAAAGGAGGCAGAGGUGACAAGAAAUAAAGCAGAGCUGACGAGAAAGGAAGUUGACUUGGCUGAAACUCAGCAACAGUUGAUACAAAAGGAUGCAGAGGUGGCGAGAAAAGAGGCAGAGGUGACGAGGGCAGAGGAGACUAUCAGGAGAGAGCAGCAGCAGAUUCAGGAGAUGAGACAGAGAGAGACUGAGUUAGUGCAGGCCAAGGACAGGGAGAUAGCUCUGCUUCAGCAGCAACUGGGGGAAAAGGUCAGUCAUGAAUGCACUCUUACACAUGUCAGGUCAGUGGACCUGGUCUAACAUCAGCCACAGUCAACCAACCAACACACGUCCUAGUCCAACUAACUGACUCUAGUGGUAGACCAUACUCACUUCCGCUGAAUGUCACCGCACAACUUGAGCUCGUUUCAAAAGCCACACCCACAAAUCAACCUGAAGCCACACCCACUAGAUCAAGGUGGCCUUGGUCAAAGAAACAGCCAGGAAAACCGGUAUCGGUUGCCAUGACGUCUCCCUCCCAAUACAAGGUGUCGUACACACCAGUCAGUCGAGGCCAACACAAACUCCAUGUUCAAGUCAACGACAGAGAAAUCAAUGGCAGCCCCUUCACUGUGACCGUGUACCCUGACCCCAGACAACUAGGCCACCCAGUGAGGACUGUGACUGGAUUGUUCGCUCCAUAUGGCAUUGCCUUCAACAGUCAUCAGGAGAUGAUUGUCAGUGAAUGUGGGGGUCAUAGAGUGUCUAUCUUUGACAUCAGAGGACAGAAAAUCGGAACAUUUGGAUCACGUGGUGACAGUCCAGAUCAGAUGAAUACCCUGCAGGCAUAGCAACUGAUGAUACUGACAAUAUUUAUGUGAGCAGUGAGCACAAGCUGCAGAAGUUCACUAGCAGUGGUGAACUGAUCAAAUGUAUUGGUCGGAGGGGCAGUAAGGAGGGGGAGUUUAAUGAUCCACGUGGAGUGACACUGUAUGACAAUCAAGUGUAUGUGUGUGAUCAUUAUAACCAUCGCAUUCAGGUGUUUGACCUCGACUUGAACUUUGUCCGAUCCAUUGGCUCACGUGGCAAAGGAAGAGGUGAAUUCAAUGCACCACAUGAUGUCAAAUUUGACACUGCCGGGAACAUGUAUGUAGCUGAGUUGGUAAUGGGAGAGUGCAAGUAAUGGACACCAGUGGCCAAUUCAUACGAGUAUUUGGUCAGGAAGGAGAGGGAAAACUGCGUGAGCCAUCAGGUCUUCAUAUUGUUGACAAGUAUGUGUAUGUGUCUGAUUGCAGUGGUGAUUGUAUUGUAGUGUAUGAGACCUCAGGUCAGUUUGUCACCUCAUUUGGAAGGUGUGGUCAGAAAGAGGGAGAGUUUAUGGUCCAUUCUGUAUCACCUCUUGUGUUGAUGGUUUUAUACAUGUAUGUGACUAUGGUAACAACAGAGUUCAGAUAUUCUAGAACACCCAAUGCUACUGCCAUCCAUACAUUUAUCAUAACAGUCAAUCUCUAGACCACACCCCCUUUUCCUACCACUUGUUGCUCUCCUUAACACGUCUUCAGACACAUUAUAUAACCACAAUGCCUUAUUAUCCCAUGUUUCAUGUAAUUGUAUCCACUAUCGUCUAUUGUAGCAUAAUAAGGCGUCUAAAAAUUGUGUGCUUCAGUGUUUAAUAUUGUACUUCAUGUUUGUAACAAUGUGUUAAUGGUGCAGUUCUCUGUAAACUAUUGUGCUGAUGUGACAGUUGAAUCACAUAAUAAUAUUCAUCAUUUCGUUAAUUAGCAUGUUUUGUAGUCCGUCUCUUGUUCUCAUUUGUAAUAACUCAUGUAUUAUACUAUUCGUGUUAAUUAGUCUUGUAGUCAGCACUCAUGUAAUACUGUCUUUCAUA